AAGCGGAAUCGCAGCAGGCAGAUAGAGUCGUUAUUGCCAAAAAAAAAAAAAAAAUCUACCGACGCCGGCGAAAAAAAAUGUUGCAGACUCCGGCGUUCAUGACGCAGUACCCAUGGUCGACGAGGACAGUGCCGUCGUCCUUCCUCAUGUCAUCGCAGCCUCCCGCUCAAACCCACACUCCGGAACAGCUUCUCGCCAUGGAAGAGGACGUUUACGAGGAGCAGUUGAAUGAGAUCCAGAAGACUAACAGCAACUUGAUAGUGAUUGGGAAGACAACGGUCGACAAUGAUAAAGAUGAGGAUGAUAAUGAUCCGGAUGAUGACGAUGCUGACAAUGCAGACGAAUCUGAAGGCGAAGAGUUUGAGCAAGAAACUGGUUGAGGAAGCAGGCAAGAAAACCGACUAUACACCGUACCUUUGUUCUACCUUUUCUUUUUGUGCUUAAGAAUGUCAGCAGCGUAUUAAGUUCAGAUGGUGAAUUUUUGAAUGAACAAGUUGUUUCUGCUCUUUAGAGAGUUGA